CAAAACACAAUGUUCAGGCAAACAAAAAGACGAACUGACGGGAGGAAAAACUACGACGCGGUAGUGUACCAGUCGUCUGGUGCUACCCAGUACAACUCGCGCCUCUCGUUCUACGCGCAACCACCAUUGGAGGAGAUCACGCUCGAGGAGUUUGAAACAUGGGCGAUCGACCGGUUGAAGGUGUUGAUCGAGAUCGAAUCAUCGCUUGCGCGCACAAAGUCCACCAAGGAUAUUGAAGCGAUUGUAAAGCCGUUGUUGGCGAAACUCUUGCCGUUAACGAGUAACGCCAGCGACGCGGUCAAGACCCAGGAACGCAAGAAGGACCACUACUCACACUACAUUUUGCGGUUGGUGUUCUGCAGAACCGAGGAUUUACGGAAGAAAUUUAUCCGGAACGAGCUUAUGUUGUUCAAGAUCCGCUAUGCGCUGCUUUCGCCGCAGGAGCAGAAAGACUUUGUGAAUGACAACAGAGAUACCUUGCCCUGGGACUACUUACCUGAGGGGGACAGAGCUGAGUUGGCUCAACAGUUGUACAGUGCUUCCCAGGCCUUGGUCAGAUCCAUCGUGUCUCUGAAUGAUGAAAAGCUUGGUGAUGACACGAUCAAGGCUACUAUGGCGAAACAGCUGUUCAUCAUGGUUCCGUUCGAGAAGGUUCCAGAUCUUGUGGCGUCCCGAAUGGUGCUCAUCAGAAAAGGGAACGCGUACAUUCCCAGCAUGGCGCAGUUAUCGUUGCUUGCGAUGGAGUACACAGCCAAGUUGGACGAUGCGUUGGUAAAGACAUUCCGUGCACUCCCAAGACUUGACGAAGACGACCGGUUGGUGCCGCUUUUGAACCACUUGUCGACCAAUUUCUCUAGCUUCGAGAGCGGAAUGGAAUUUGGCACAGAUGCUGCCAACACUGCAGACAUUCAAGCAAGCACCGUGGGGUCGGCGAAAAUCAUGAGCCACAUGCCCCUCUGUGCGACUAACAUGCUCCAGGGCUUGUUUGCCAACCAUCACAUGAAGUAUACCGGGAGACAGCAGUUGGGGGUGUUUUUGAAGGGGAUUGGUUUGAACGUAGACGAGGCGCUCAAGUUCUGGCAGGAUUCUUUCUGCAACGGUGCCGGAGGCAUGACCUCUGAGACGUUCAACAAGGAGUACAAGUACAACAUCAGACACAUGUACGGGUUGGAAGGUGGACGGAUUAACUAUAAACCAUGGAACUGCUCUACCGUGUUGGCGAAGCCAAAACCGUCCAAGGGCGAAUUCCACGGUUGUCCAUACCGCGAUUUCCAUCCCGACAAGUUGGUCGGCGAGUUGAACUCCAUGGGGAUUAAUGAUAAUCAGGAUAUCACGGCGAUCAUGGAUGAUGUGGCAAAGACAGAGUACACCAUCGCGUGCACCAGGGUGUUUGAGUUGACACAUAAGAACCAGAUGAAAGGUGGAAAGAACUUUGACCAGAUGCACAUUAACCAUCCGAACUUGUACUUUGAUCGCUCCCGACAGCUUGAGCGUGCCCAGGGGGGCAAUGUAAAUUAAUAUAUGAUAAUGGAGAGUGAACUGCACUGAGCAAGGCGAGGU